AUGGCCCAGGCCGAUCUUCGCCCGCCGAGCUGCGUGAACUUCCUGCUUUGCCUGGUCAACCUGUGCAUGGGGCUGCUGACGCCCACCAUGGUGGACAUGUCCCGCACGGCCAUGCAGUACCAGCCCGGUGGGAUAGGGGGUGCCAGGUGCUUACCAUAUUCCACUGCUUCGGUAGUGAUGGCGGAAGCCCUGGUGAACGUGGUCAUCGGUUUUGCCGCCAUCCGGAAGAAGCAGGACAGCCGGCGCAAACUUUGGGAUUGGAAGAGCCAUAAGGAGUUCGUUGUGCUCACUGUGACCUACUGCCUGGGCGACGUGGUGGCCCUCUGUGCGAUCGGCAGAGGCGGAGGGCUGCUCUUCAUUACCAUGAAUAACUCGAGGCUGCUCUUUGCUGCCGCAGCAUCACACGUCAUGAUUGAUUCCAGGUCUCGCUGGGAGUGGUUUAUCCUCUUCGCCAUCUUUUCGUCCCUCAUUUGCUUUGCAGCUGGGACGACUUCCGGGCAGGAGGCGGAGCUGAGAAGAGGCACGGUCUAUGCCAGUGGCCUGGCAAUGUGCAAGGCUGGGCUGUCGGCCUUGGCUGCGGUGAUGACGGAGCGGCGCCUUAAGCACUGCCAGUUCACGGUGAUGGAGGCGAAUACUUUGCUAAAGAUGCAGAGCCUUAUGGUCUCUUUGCUGGUCUUCACUGUCCAGAUGCUUUUCCAGGAGGAUCUCUGCCCAGAGGACAAGGCACUUGUGACCACCCCCUGCGUGGACAGGAGGGGCUGGGAUGCUUACACGGCCUUCGUGCUUUUGGCAGAGGUGGGCAACGGCUGGCUGUCGGUGGCUAUCCUGGCACGAAUGUCCGCGAUUGUGAAGUUCGUCUGCAAGGCGGCGGCGGCGCCCAGUUUGUACGUGGUCUACGUGGCAACGAACUUCCGGCAGCACCACUUUGAGUGGGCGACCUUCGUGCCGAUCCUCGUCAUGACAGCCUUCAUUUGCCUCUAUGCCGAGCCACGCUGCUGCUGUCCAGCUCGAAAAGAGCCAGUUGCGGGUGACUGGCCUGGCAACUAUCAUCGUGGCAAAUCGUGA